GGGAGUGACAUUUAUAUAUAAAAUUUCUGUAAUUACGUUAUAAAAAUUUAUAAAAUAAUUUCGUAAAUAUUUGUCUUAAACAACAAAGAAAUAAAAAAUAAUAGUUAUAAAUUAUUUGUGUGUGUAUUUGUGAAAUUUUAGUAACGUUUCCGGUAUGCCUGACAAAAUCACCACCCUUUCCCAGAUCAUCAGGUACAGGCGGAAGAAGAAGCUCUACAACAUGACGCCCGUGUUCCAAUACAAUUACUACAAACAUCGCUGUCGCGUCAAGAAUGCCAAAAAAUAUGUGGACGACUCACCGCCGAUUUUACACUUAACGAGCAUAAUGAAUCUGAAGAAUAAUUACCUCGACAUGUCGGCCAUUUCGGAUAUCAUGCGCACGAAUACCGAGAUUUUGGAAUUUUUCGGACGGUUGCAAAUUUUGGGACGCAAAGAUUCGUGGAAUAAUUCCUUCGAUGCACAAUGGCGCUAUUCACGUAUGGCCUUUAUGCUUAGAGCAUUGGAAGCUAUUGAGAAGGAGAAUCAAUUCAUAGCGCGACGCGUUUUGAGCGCACAAAAAGUGGUCAAUACAAAUUUGAAACCACUCUCGGCGAGUUAUCCGGAGUUUCGUAUGCCCAAAGAGAUUCUCAACAAAUACAAAUCGGAAAUUAUUUUGCCACGCAGAUGCUCGGAGCAACGUUUGCUGCUGCGUCCAAUUGUUUACUUCGACAUGGAAGUCGUGAGUCUCUAUCCCAUCGGCCGUUUUAUCGUGCAGCUCUACACUGAAGCCUUCCCACAAGCUGUGCUCGCUUUGGUGCGUACGUGUCAGCAAGAAAAACUACGUAAACUCAGAUUAAUACGCGCUUUUCCAAAUCUUUGGGCCGAAUUUGAACUCAAACUCGAUCCGAAAGACAUGGAAUUGAUCACAAACUCACACAUCGAAUAUGAUAAGCGUUCGUUGAAACAGAACUUUCGAGCCGGUAUAUUAUCCUUCUCUUUGAAGCAUAUUGAUACAUUGCGUAAGGGUAUUUUAAGUUUUGCGCUAAGCUUCAGACCCCUCUCGGUGGAGAUGAAGGAUCGUGUGCCCUUCGGCGUUUUGAUAAGAGGCAAACGUGGUCUAUAUUUGCUAGAGAGUAACGGCACAAAGCAUGGCAAACCGAUGAAGAGAGUUAUCGCAACGGCGAUGGGUGUAAAUCCAUAAAAAAUCACUAUAUAGUACUAGAAGGACCGGCCACAGCAAGAGAUAUGUUCCUCUACUUAAAAUGAAUGUAUGAAAAUCAUAGAUUCUUAAGGAGAGAAACAAGAUAUUGGGUACCUAUGACAGUACUCAUCAUCUUUUUCAUCUCUUUGUGAUGCGUAGCGUUAUUUGAAGGGAUUCAUUUAAUAACGGUGAAGGCAGUUUAGUUUUUAUUUUGGAAUAAGGUUUAAAUUAUUGUAAGUGUAAUCAAAAUUAUAUUGUAUGUGUAUGUAAGCCAAGGUUUUCUUUUGAUGUGACCUCGUGUAUUAAAAUUUUGUGUAAAGUCCCAUA